UCUCAGUCUCUUGUUUUUGCAGCCACCGCUGGUCCAGGCCAUCUUCAGUGGUGAUCCAGAAGAGAUUCGCAUGCUCAUCCACAAGACCGAAGAUGUGAACGCACUGGAUUCCGAGAAACGAACCCCGCUCCAUGUGGCUGCAUUCCUGGGAGAUGCAGAGAUCAUUGAACUCCUGAUUUUGUCAGGAGCUCGAGUCAAUGCCAAGGACAACAUGUGGCUGACCCCACUGCACCGCGCGGUCGCUUCCAGAAGUGAAGAGGCAGUACAAGUAUUGAUUAAACACUCGGCCGAUGUCAAUGCGAGAGACAAGAAUUGGCAGACCCCCCUCCACGUGGCAGCAGCCAAUAAGGCUGUCAAGUGUGCCGAAGUGAUCAUCCCACUAUUGAGCAGUGUCAAUGUCUCUGAUCGAGGAGGGCGCACAGCCUUGCACCAUGCAGCUCUGAAUGGACACAUGGAGAUGGUCAAUCUACUCUUGGCCAAAGGGGCAAACAUCAAUGCAUUUGACAAGAAGGACCGGCGUGCUCUGCACUGGGCAGCGUACAUGGGCCACCUGGAGGUUGCGGCCCUGCUUAUUAAUCACGGUGCUGAAGUUAGCUGCAAGGAUAAGAAGGGCUACACCCCGCUGCAUGCUGCAGCCUCCAAUGGGCAGAUCAACGUUGUCAAGCAUCUCCUGAACCUGGGGGUGGAGAUUGAUGAAAUCAAUGUCUACGGAAACACAGCGCUGCACAUUGCCUGCUACAACGGCCAGGACGCUGUCGUGAACGAGCUCAUCGACUACGGUGCUAACGUGAACCAGCCCAACAACAGUGGCUUCACCCCGCUGCACUUUGCAGCGGCGUCCACUCAUGGUGCUCUGUGUCUGGAACUGUUAGUAAACAAUGGGGCCGAUGUGAACAUUCAGAGUAAGGACGGCAAAAGUCCCCUGCACAUGACGGCUGUCCAUGGAAGGUUCACGCGGUCACAAACCCUCAUCCAGAACGGAGGCGAAAUCGACUGUGUGGAUAAGGACGGCAACACUCCCCUCCACGUGGCCGCAAGAUACGGCCACGAGCUUCUGAUUAACACCUUAAUAACUAGCGGAGCCGACGCAGCCAAGUGUGGAAUCCAUAGCAUGUUCCCCUUACAUUUAGCCGCCCUAAAUGCUCACUCCGACUGCUGCAGGAAGUUAUUAUCAUCCGGCUUUGAAAUAGACACCCCAGAUACGUUUGGAAGAACGUGCCUUCAUGCUGCUGCCGCAGGAGGCAAUGUAGAAUGUAUAAAACUCUUGCAGAGCAGUGGAGCAGAUUUUCACAAAAAGGACAAAUGUGGGAGGACCCCUUUGCACUAUGCUGCUGCAAACUGUCAUUUCCACUGUAUUAAAGCGUUAGUGACCACGGGAGCCAACGUUAAUGAAGCAGACGACUGGGGCCGGACCGCGCUGCACUACGCUGCUGCGUCGGACAUGGACAGAAAUAAGAUGAUCUUAGGAAACGCCCAUGACAAUUCUGAAGAAUUGGACAGAACCAGGGAAAUGAAGGAAAAAGAUGCUGCACUCUGCCUAGAGUUUCUGCUUCAAAAUGAUGCAAACCCAUCCAUCCGCGACAAGGAAGGCUACAAUAGCAUUCAUUAUGCUGCCGCCUAUGGCCACAGACAAUGUCUAGAACUGCUCUUGGAAAGAACCAACACUGGUUUUGAAGAAUCAGAUUGCGUCGCUCCCAAGAGUCCACUCCACUUAGCGGCUUACAAUGGGCACCACCAAGCCUUGGAGGUCCUUCUCCAGUCACUAGUGGACCUGGAUAUGAGGGACGAGAAAGGCCGGACGGCGUUGUACCUAGCUGCUUUCAAGGGCCACACAGAAUGUGUGGAAGCUCUUGUUAACCAGGGCGCGUCCAUCUUUGUGAAAGACAAUGUCACCAAAAGAACUCCACUUCAUGCCUCAGUUGUUAACGGUCACACGCUGUGUUUACGACUACUACUCGAAAUAGCAGACAACCCGGAAGUGGUUGAUGUGAAAGAUGGCAAGGGACAAACCCCACUGAUGCUUGCAGUAGCAUACGGACACAUCGAUGCCGUCUCACUGUUACUAGAGAAGGAUGCAAAUGUAGACGCCGUUGACAUCGUGGGGUGCACAGCCUUACAUAGAGGGAUCAUGACAGGACAUGAGGAGUGUGUGCAAAUGCUGCUGGAACAAGAAGCGUCGAUCCUCUGUAAAGACUCCAGAGGGAGGACGCCCCUGCACUAUGCGGCUGCUCGGGGCCACGCCACGUGGCUGAGUGAGCUGCUCCAGAUUGCCCUUUCUGAAGAGGACUGCUGUUUCAAAGACAACCAGGGCUACACGCCGCUACACUGGGCUUGUUACAAUGGCAAUGAAAACUGCAUAGAGGUACUUCUGGAGCAAAAAUGUUUCCGGAAAUUUAUCGGCAAUCCCUUCACGCCACUGCACUGUGCAAUAAUAAAUGGUCAUGAGAACUGUGCAUCGUUGCUGCUGGGGGCCAUAGAUUCCAGCAUUGUCAGUUGUAGGGAUGACAAAGGCCGGACGACGCUCCACGCAGCAGCCUUCGGUGACCACGCCGAGUGCUUGCAGCUGCUUCUGAGACACGAUGCCCAAGUGAACGCCGCGGACAAUUCAGGGAAGACCGCAUUGAUGAUGGCUGCUGAAAACGGGCAGGCAGGCGCGGUGGAUAUUUUGGUGAACAGUGCCCAGGCUGACCUGACUGUGAAGGAUAAGGACUUGAAUACUCCCUUACAUCUGGCUAUCAGUAAAGGCCAUGAGAAGUGUGCCUUGUUAAUACUUGACAAGAUACAGGAUGAGAGCCUUAUUAACGCGAGAAACAGCGCACUGCAGACACCCCUCCAUAUCGCUGCCCGUAAUGGCUUGAAGGUGGUAGUUGAGGAGUUGCUGGCCAAAGGAGCCUCUGUACUUGCUGUCGAUGAAAAUGGUCAUACCCCGGCCCUGGCUUGUGCUCCUAACAAAGACGUGGCUGACUGCCUGGCCCUCAUUCUGGCUACCAUGAUGCCUUUUUCUCCUUCCAGCACAAUGACGGCUGUCAACUUGGUUUGUUUUAGAAAAGACAAUUUGAGCAGGACGACCCUCUCCUCCAAUCUGGGUAGCAGAGUCAGUCUGUGCAGCAACAACUUGGGCUCUGAGGAUGGGUACAAUGAAAACGAUUCUGAUUCGGAAACGUUCUAACUUGGGACUGUAAAGGCAUUUCCUCCAUUACCUGUGUUGCAGAAAGGGAUGGAAGCUUGAAUUCCAGAAUUGUGCUGUAUUCAAGUAUUUGAGGCCAAGCUUCCAGAAACCAGUAGAAAAGGAAUCCGUCUAACCAAAAGAGGGCAGCUAGGCUGUAGGCUGGAGCACACGCAGAGAGGCCUGCCUGGGUUGGGUUUUGUUCCAUAUUUUCUUUAGGUGUAAGGUACUUCUCUGAAAGCCUACCUCUGAUUUUAAGUAAGGACAAUUUCUAAGUGUUUAAUUCUUUGUCUUAGGGGAUAACACAGCAGAGAGACAAAUGCUCAGUCUAAAGAUUUCCUUUUUCAUGUACUCACCAGUGAGUUCUGUGAGGUCUAGCAAGUGACAUUCGUGUCUCUUGGGAGGGGAGGGAAGAGCAGAUAGGAAACGCCUGCACCCUCUUCUCACUCUGGUGUUUACUUCCUCACUAGAAGCCAAAGGUCAAAGUUCAUCUUCAGAUGUAAUGCCUAUAAUCAUCCUCUUAAGGGAGUCCACCUGACCCCGCCUCCUCAUAGGAAGCAUGUAACUACCCACAACUUCUUCCCAAGAUCUUGGCUAAAGUUGCCAGAUGAAUGUGAACCUUGACCAUGCUUUCUUGUUAAACACAAAGUAGCACCCAGGGCUCUCCUUAAGAAACCUGUGAGUAAUUUUUCAAUGGAGUAAUGGAUCCCAAAUUUAUCCAAGAGCGUUUCAGGUGAAAUUAUAUUGUGCCAAAACUUGAAACAAUAUGCAAGUCAAGUAGGAAAUUGCCGUUUCGUGGGUUCGCUCUUAAAGGAAAAUACUGACUUCUAAGGGUGUCAGGGCUGGCACUGUCCUUCAACGGUAGACUAGGAAAAUAACUGCUUGGUCAAGGUCCUGGCAGAGGAGUGAGUACUCCUGUAGAAGGGAGCCGAGAAGGUGAAUGCAGACGGCUGAUGUGGAAGCGCCAGCCAAUUCCCGUUGUCGGUCAUGAAAUCAGCGUUGUGAAUACUGUGUCUGCUCCCUCCGCCAAAGCCCCUAGGUCAAACGGACCCCGCUCUUCACCUGGAACAGCUGUACAAAAGGAAGAAUGAGACUUUAAGAAACACGCACAUAUACACGCACACACGUGUGUGUAUUUAUGUAUGUACUCCAUCCACCAGCUACCCAUGAGGACCAAAAUGCUUCUGCCUAAAAUGGGAGAUUCUGAACUUUUUUCUUUCUAAAUGCAAGUGAGGACCGCAGUAGCUUUUCUACGGGGUAAAAUGUCAUCGGUUUUUUUUUGCAUACUAGUCUUCAUUGUAGUUUAUAUUUCUAACGGCACAGAUUUCUAGUUGCUGGCUUGACAUUUGUAACUGAUGAUGUGUUGACCACAGGUUUUGGUUUUUGUGUUGUUUUCAAACUAGAGAAGAUGUCUGUAUACUUUGAUGUAAAUGUGUUUAUAUUUAUUUGAAAUGAAACAAAUGCUGAGGAAAUAAUCACUGUUUAGGCGCUCUCUCUCUCUCUC